AUGUUGAGUUUUGCGAAAUUUCUUCAAAAAGCGCCUAUGAUAUGCUCAUCCACCAUCGAUUAUUAUCGUCACGGACCAACUCAACCAUCAUGGAAUUUGAAGUUUUGUUUGAUGUUCAAUAUUAUAAAAGAUGGGAUGGCAUCAUCAAACAGUCAAACUAUUGAAGAUCUUCAAGCAAUGCAUAAUACAAAAACAGCUGUCGAUGAUGGUGUACUUGUAGAUGAGCUGACAUUGUCAAAUUCACUUCGUAAAAAAUCAGAAAUUUACAUUGAUGAUGUUUUAAAAGAUUAUAAUCAUGUGCUUCUUGAUGAUUGGAGAAGUGUUAAUCUUGGGGAUGGAUUAGAAUGCGAAUGG